AAAAAAUCAUAUAUAUAAGAAUAGAGAUAUUGAUCAACAACCAUGCCGCCUCGUAUGAGACGUCGUAUUGCAUCGGCGAAAAGAGAGGAAAUUGAACGAGAACAAGAACAGCUAUCUCGAACAAUUGUUCGUCCUUUUGAAACGCUAAAUGGUUUGCCGUUAUCGUACAAUGCCCCUCCAGAUGGUCAUUAUGAAGAUGCUUUCAACAAUCCCUUGACUAUUAAAGAUAGCGCUGUUUUAUAUAAUUCACUACUAAGAUCGCGAUACAACUAUCUUCAUAAUCCUCCGAUGUUUAAACUAUUUUGGGUGAAACAAAGUUCAUAUGCUAAGAAGUUAGCUGAACAAGAGAAGGAGAAAGAAAAAGAAGAUCCAAGAGGGCAUCAUACUGCAUCCAAUGUGGGUCGUGGUAGAGCACAUCAACUGACUAAAGAUCAAAAUGAAAGAGUUCCAGUAUUAGGGAGUGAAGUCAGUGCUAGAGAUGUAAUGGUUAAACUAUGCGAUGGUUCUUUCAGUUUAGGUCCUCAUUUUUUCCAAAUAAGAUUGUUUAUAGUCAAAGAUGACCGUCCAGAUAAGCCAGUAAGGAAAAAGGAAGAUACUAACCUACCAGAUGAAAAAAAGGUGGAAGAAUUGAAUAAUUCUGAAAUCAGGGAAAGUGACCCUCAGAGACCGGACACCGACAGAGCAAAUAUUGGUAAAUCAAAUAGUUUGGGAGAUUCUUCUUCAGAUAAAACUUUACCUGGCGGACCGAAAGCACAAGUGAAUGAUACUGAAAGCAAAGAUAAGAAUAUGGAAGGGAAUAUUGACAGUCUUGGACCUGCUGAUGAACAGAAAGAAAAUAAGAGUGUAAUAAAUCAAGAAAAUAAAAUAGUGGAAUCGAAUCCCAUUCAACCUAAAGAAGUUUCUGAACCAAAAACCGAAACUUAUAACAGUGAACCAAAUGAACCCGGGAAAACGGUUACAAUUCCAACUACAGACUCUGACAAAGCUGCAUCAUCUGAACAGGGCUUAAACAAUAAAACGACGGAAGAUUCAAGAGACAAAGACGGUGACGUUGUUUCCAAAGAUAUUGAAGAAAAACAACCGAUUUCAACAAAAUCAGAUACAAAUGAACAAAAGGACCCCAAACCUACAAACAUUGAUUCAGGAAACGAAGUUAAAGGGAGAAGUGAAAGCUCCUCACUGUCUUCUACAGGAAAAGAAACCUUAGCCUCAGAUGCAACAGCUACUGAUCAGACUAAAGCUGAGCCUAAAAGGUCAACAAAUGAUGAAAUAUCGAAUUCCAACAAUAUAAUUAAAACCGGACCCCCACAACAGCCCUCAGCAGAACUGAGACCAUCUGAAACACACACAGUAGCUACUUCGCUGGCUUCGAGUGAUACUACCAGACCGAUAAGCACUCCAGCUCAACGCCCUCAACUGCGUGCACCAUCGUCUGACAUGCGCUCAGUUGAAAACACAAUCAUGAUAUCCAACUUGAACGCUAUUGCUAGAAGAGAAGAAUCUUUGAAUGAUUUAAUGAAGACUGUUGCUUCAGGAAAAGCAUCCCAAGAGCAAAUAGUGUUAUUCAAAGGAUACAUCGAAAGAGCGAGAGCCAUGGGUCCUCAACCCGAGCACGCAAAUUUAUUUCCAAAUGGCAUAUUACCCAAGCAAAAAAAAACGAAACAAAACAAAGUUCCUAAGAUCCCAAAGCCUCCCAAAGAGAAAAAGCCUCCCAAGGAAAAGAAGACAAAGGAACCCAAACCUCCAAAAGAAAAGAAACCUAAAGAACCAAAAACUCCAAAACUUCCUAAGGAAAAGAAGAUCAAAGAUCCUAAAAAGCCUAAAGAGCCUAAGGCACCUAAACAACCGAAAUCCAAGAUCCCAAAAGAACAGAAGCUUACAGCAUUUCAAGAAAAGUACUUAUAUGACGCUACAUUACUUUUCGAAUUUGUGGAAAACCCUAAUAUAAGAUACUUAUUACCUCAGUAUUCAAUUUGUGAAGUUGUUGACACUACAAAUGACCAUGGUGCAACCACAGUUCGUACUGAUAAUGAAGACGUUUCGGAUACCAAGGAUAUUUUGAUGAGUUUUCUUUGGAUUCAUAACAGCGAUGAAGUAGAAGACUACGAAAAGAAAUUGGGUGAAUAUGAAAGAGCUAUCAGAGAACGUCAUGAAGCGGAAGAAGCAGAGAAGCGGAAGAAGAUUGAAGAAGAAGAAGCAGCGAAAAGACUUGAAGAAGAAGAGAAAAAGAAAGAAGAGGAGCAGAAAAACCCUGAAAGUCUGAAAAACCCUGAAACUGGCGUUGAAAACACCGAAAAGAAUUCCGAGACUAAACUGGAAAAUAAUGAAACCAUUGAAAAUGGUGAAUUGAAGACAAAAGAAGCUAGUAACGACAAAGCCGACGAAAUUUUCAUAAAAGAAGAAGCAAAAAAUGAAGAGACAGAAGACGCCAAAGAAGAGGCAAAAGAAGAGGCUAAAGAAGAGAUAAAAGAAGAACCAGCGGAAGAAGUCGGUAACCCUGAGUUGGAUCUGGCUGCAAAACCCAAAAGAAAAGCCCCUCCUCCAAGAAGAGGAGGCCGUAAGAAAAGAAGGGGUCCUGUUCCAAGAAAGGCAGCAGAGAAGAAACUCGAGCCUCCUAAUGAACCGGAGUAUAAAUACACUGCAAUGACAUUCAAGAUUAAAGAGAUACCAACUAGAUUAGUCCCCUUAAUUACCAAUAGUGUUAAGCCAGUGCAUGAAGUCCGUGAAAAAAUGGAGCACAUUUUGAAAGUUGGAACACGCUUUAAUAGCUUUAAUUUAUGGUAUCAAGUUGAUGGAAAAGUAGAUGAAGAACUCGCUGAAAGUUUGAGAGUCAAUAUCGUUCAAGAAGAAAAGAAAAUGCCUGGUGUUGUCCCAGCACCCGUAACUAAUACAGCAUCUACUCAACAGGGAGUCAAAAAGAGAAAAACAAAAGCUCCAACAAAUCCUCGCCCCAAGAAGUUAAAAUCUGAACAGGAAAAUCCCGAAGGCAGUGAUAAUCAACCAAAUAAGGGUAUUAAGGAUACCGACGAGAUAACAAGUCAUGAAAAUGUUUCUAAUGGUUCCGAAAAUAAUAAUGAAGGAUUGACUGUCAAAACAGAGGAGUCGACAAUGAGCGUGUCUGAUAAACCAGAUGAUAAAGAAAGCGUCGCUGAAACUGUUCCAGCCAAUAAUUCAAAUGAUUCCCUGAAGGGAGAGAAUAUCGAAGUAGCCAAAGACACCGAAGAGAACGAAGACACUAAAGAAGCCAAAGGGCCCGAAGAAAAGACCCCAGAAGACAAAAGGACCGAAGAAGAAUAAAGUCAGUUGCUUGAAAUAAAUGUACAAUAGUUCACAGUGUAUAAUUUAAAAUUUAUUUAUAUAUGUAC